GAACGCAAGGCCAGUAAUAACUGACGUACGAGUUUGUUUCUGUGUGUGUAGCUUUUAACGUGUUUACUGCUGAUCGUUGAAGCUUGAAAAAGAAAAAUAGGUGGGAGUACUAAGAGGCACUACUUUUUAUGUGGGGCAAACGAACAUUUCCGAAUUUGAAGACUUCCAGGCAGUGUCCGUUUGUCCUGUUUUGUAAACGUAGGCGGGAGACAAGUUAAAGAACUGGGAAGCGGACGUCGUUACUUGCAGGAUAAAGAAGCUGAGAAAGAAUUUACUGCUCUUGAUCGGAAUUCUGAUAUUAAUACUGAGAGCGCUGCAUUAAGAAUGAUGUCAGCAGGCGAGGAGGUGCGAUCGGUCGUUUUGACUGGCUACGGCGGGUACGAGUGCCUGAAGGUGAAGCCAUGGCCUAUCCAAGCGCUUGGGGCAGGUGAUGUGCGGGUGGCCGUGGCGAUAUGUGGCGUGAAUUUCUCAGACCUGUACACCCGUCAGGGUAUGUUGCGGGAGCUACAGCCACCCCUUGUGCUGGGGACAGAAUGCGUUGGGGAGGUGACAGCUGUGGGGGCUGCCGUAGCGCACAUCAAGGUGGGGGACCAUGUUCUCUGCUACAAGUUCACUGGAGGCCUAUAUCGAGAUCAUGUGGUAGUUGCUGCAUCACACUGCUUUGUGCUGCCUCCUGGUAUGAGCUAUGAAGACAGUGCAGCCUUACCAGCCAACUACUUGACAGCAUACUUCUGUGUGCACGACAUCGGACACAUGCGUGCUGGGCAGAGCAUCUUCAUAUCAUCCUGUGCAGGUGGAGUGGGAUGGGCAGCCACCCAGCUUGCCUGCUCAGCAGGGGAUGUUACCAUCUUUGGUACUUGUAGCCCAGAGAAGCAUGACGCAGUUCGAGAAAAUGGUGUUACUCAUCCACUGACCUAUGAUGGCUAUGAACAGGAGCUACUGAAACAUAGUCCUGAUGGUGUAGACAUCAUCAUUGACAACAUGGCCAGCAGUGCCUUCACCAUAAACCAGCGUCUGCUGAAACCUUUGGGACGGAUCGUGGUCAUUGGCGCAAACAGUAUGGUGACUGAUAGUCAGAAGUUUGGGUGGUGGAGUUUUCUGCGGCUAUGGUGGAGCACAAAAAAUGUCAGUGCUAGGGACCUCAUUAUGCAGAACCGUGUAGUGGCAGGUCUGCACCUUGGCCUGCUGAUGGAGAGGCAGCCCAACACCAUUCAAUCAGCCAUGAGCCACUUGUUCCAGUUGUAUGAGCAGGGGAAAAUCAAGCCACACAUUGAUUCCAUAUGGCCAUUCGAUAAGGUUGUAGAGGCCAUGAGGCUGCUGGCCGAACGGAAGAAUGUGGGAAAAGUGCUGCUGAGAGUUGAGACAGCAGACAAGUAGUGGAGUGUUAUUAUGUUCCACAUGUUGGGGGAUGUGCUUCUUUGAUAUUGGCUUGAGAAUCCAUAAGACAGAUAUGUAGAAAACUCAGUUUGUACAUUUAUACUGUAAAGAUAAUUUGAAACAUAAAUUUUGAUUGUAAUGUCUCAUUUA